CCGAGCUAGUGUGGGGCCCUAUCGGCUCCAGCUCUGCCGCAUUUCUCAGCGCUGCUCGGUAGUCGGUCGUCUCCUCUCUGCCUGGACGCCAAGUAAACGAUGUUGGAUUUUGAUGGAUUCGUUGCGACCGACGCGGGUCAAUUUUUUUCACCUUUGCUUCUCCGGCACUCUCCGUCAAUGCAUUCCACCCUGCUCCAGUAAACCCCCAACCACCAUUCGGAGCAGUCUGAAAAUCCAAUGUUCAACAAACGAACAGGGUGUUGGCCUCGAGAAUACUUUUCCCUCAUCCCGACCAAACCAAACUCUGCCAAGCUUCCUCUCGCGCCAAAUUUUGCCUUUGUCGCCCGCUGAAACUUGGUCACGACCUGGGACGCCCUGUGCCUGAGCAAUCAAAAAGUGUCGUCACGACAAGUUGCCAUCUCGGUUAGCCACUGGUGUGCAACCAACGACUCGACAGAUGGUCUAUUCGGUGCUGUCGUCGCCAAUACGACGGAGAGACAAGUGUGGGUGCAAAGUCAACGGUCCGCAUUUUUGUCCUAGGUCUAGCUGCGAGCACAGUUAGCUCGGGUAGCUAGCUAGCAGAGCAUCGCUGUCUGCGUCGCCUGAUCUCUUUUUGCUCCUUACAAAAGCCCUACCUGCAAUUACGUCAGGUGGUCUUCCACGCAAACAACCUCAUCACCGACCAUGAACGACAGAUCGAGAGCGACGUCGACUCCAAAUCCUCACGCGAUCGCGCCCCAGUCGUCCGUCCCACACGCUGCGCCCUCGCCGCCGCCGGCGCCUCCCGUCGGUGAGGAGAACUGGCUCGAUUAUAUCGACCAGCAGAAGCGCCGUGCCCACGACAUCGAGUCGCGCAUCCAGGUCCUUGAACUCUACAAAAAGGCUGCCACUCUCGAGAACGGCAGCCUCACCUUGUGGCUGGCCUACUGCGAAUACUUUUGGUCUCUAUACCAGAGCUGUCAGCGACCGUGUCAAAAUGGCUUCGCGACGUGGAAGCCCGAGGAGCUGCCCACAGCUCGCGACAUCUUUUCCUUGGACUCGGCCCUUCGAUUGUGGCAGGAGGGUCACGAGGCGACGCAGUACCGACUGAGCGAUAGCCAUGAACUUUGGAAUCGAUGGAUCGGCAAGGAGAUGGAGCUGCUGGGCUUUUCUAGGACCGCAGAGGGCGUCAAGCGCAUCACCCACCUGUUUCGCAAUCGUCUCCUCAUCCCACACAAGAACUGGAGUGAGACGUCCCAAUCCUUUUCCAUGUUCCUCAACGAAUAUAACCAAUCCGCGUGGGAGAGCACCAUGAAGGAGAUCACAACGCGAUCGCAGCCUGCUAGGGAGCUUUACGAGAGGCGCGACCCGUACGAGCUCAGGCUGGUAAAGGCGGUCGAGUCGGGCGACGAGGAUGCGCACAAGACUGCCAUGAGGGAUUAUCUUCAGUUCGAGAUCGUCAGCACGGUACGGGAAAAGAAGAACCCCAAGAUCGCCAUACAGAUCGCCAUGGCCCUCUUUUCACGCGCCUUGACCGGCGUCCUUGCCAGAGACGAAGAGACAUGGACCGACUACGCCGUCUUUGUAUCGACGCUGUACAACCGCUUCAACAGCCCCGAGUCCCGCGAUCCAGACAUGCUCCAAAUACUACCCAGCAGCCCCACGGUGCUGCAGGGCGCCGUGUCGCACUGCCCAUGGUCGGGCCCGCUGUGGGCGCGUUACAUACUCAGCUGUGAGGAGGCCGGCCUGUCUUUCUCGGCCAUGGAACGGAUCAAGCACGCCGCUACUGAUAGUUCUCAGCUCGACCGCGACGGAAUGGUGGGUGUGGUAGACAUGUAUGCCGCAUGGUGCGGCUACCUAAAGCGAUCGGCCCUGGACCCUGCCGCCACCGAAGAGAUGACGGACCUCGCCGACUCGGGUCUCUUGGCCGCCCUGGAAGCUGUUCAAGUCUGGGGCGAGCGACGGUUCGGCAACUCGUACGUCGGAGACCCAAACUUCCGACUCGAGCGGAUCCUAAUCAACUAUCUCACCGAGAAACACGGCGCCAUUGACGAGGCACGCUUUCAGUGGCUGAGGCUGGCUGAAAAGCCGCUCUAUGCCGUGAGUUACAACUUUUGGCUGCAGUUCUACGUCUGGGAACUGUCGGUGUUCCAGGCAGAAAAGGGCAAGAACCGCAGUCCCACGCCCGGGCAGGCCAUGCCACCCAAGCUCAAAGUGCCGUCAAAGGCGACCGAGGUUCUGCUGCAGGCGCUAAAGAGGAAAGACAUGGACUGGCCGGAAAGGAUAUUAGAAGUCUAUCUGCAACACUGCAACGACUACGAGACGCCCGACAAGCUUCGCUCGGCUUACGAUCUGGUCCACAGGGUCAAGAAGCAGGUGGAACAGCGGCGGCAGGGAGAGGCGGCAGCGGUGGCCGCGUACACGGCGGCGACAGAACAGGCGGGUGACUCACCUUCGGCAGCGGCCAAGCGCAAGCGAAGUGACGCGACACCUGACCGCCACGAAGGUGCGAACAAACGACCCCGGAACGGCGAGGACGAGUCGGCGGCGACUGGCGAUGCAGCCAGCUCGUCGCAGUCGGCCGCGUCGCUCAAGCGGGACCGCGAACACACGACUGUCAUAGUGACGAAUCUGCCGGCUGACACGACGCAGACCAGGGUGCGACAGUACUUUCGUGAGUACGGACACGUGAACAGCAUGGUCCUGAAGAAAGUCGACAACGACCGGUCCGCGGUCGCCCUCGUCGAGUUCCGGUCCACCGACGACGCGAGGUCGGCCCUGCUGCGAGACGGCAAGUACUACGGCGAGAGGGUCAUCGAAGUGAAACCCGGAGACUCCUUGACGCUGUUUGUGACCAACUACCCUCCCACGGCCGACGACGAGUUCAUCCGCAAGCUGUUCAAGGACUGCGGGGAGAUCUUUGACAUCCGAUGGCCGAGUCUCAAGUUCAACACGCACCGGAGAUUCUGCUACGUCAGCUUCAGGGAGGCCGAGGCGGCAAGGAGGGCGACCGAGCUGGAUGGCAAGGAGCUGCAGGGCAAGUUCAAGCUGAGCGUCAAAUACUCGGACCCAGCAAGGAAGAAGGCUCGAGAAGGAGCCACAUCGGAGGGCAGGGAGGUCAAGGUGGCAAAUCUACCGUUGGAUGCGGAUGAGGCGUCGAUCAAGGAGGUUUUUGGCAAGAUUGGAACCGUCCAGACGGUGCGCGUUCUCAAAAACAUGGCGGGCAGGAGCAAAGGGACAGGAUUCGUCGUGUACGAGACAAAGGAAGAAGCAGACCAGGCGGUCACGGAGCUGAACGGCGUGAAACUCAAGAACAACAUCGUCACGGUGGAGCCGACCAAGGUCACCAACUUCAAGCCGCAGGCCCGCACCGCCGCGUCCCCAUCACCCAAGCCAGAUGGGGAAGGCGACAUAGCCAUGGAGGGAAGCAAUGAGCGCCAAGAUUCCAGCAGCAAGGAGAGCAGGGAGGCACGCGACCUCCGGACCUUUGCGCUGCUCGACAUCCCCGACACGGUCAACGACGCCCGGGUUCGUGCCCUCGUCGAGAAGCACGCAGGCGAGGGCGCCACCAUCUCCAAGCUGGUUCUCCGCCCGGACCACGGAGGUGCGAUCGUCGAGCUGGCGGACCACGCGUCGGCCGGCAAGGCGCAGCUGGCGUUGGACGGGGCCGAAAUCGACAACUGCAAGAUAAGAACCGGCACGGUUGCCGAGUUGCUCAAGGAGAAAGACGCCGUCAGGAGCGAUCGCAUAGAUGUACCAGCGGACAAGGCGGCCGGUGACGGAAAGAAGGAACCCAAGAAGUCGGCGAUGAUGAUGCCGCCGCCAAGGGUCUCGCGACCCGUCCUCGGAGGUCAAAAGCCCAAGAGGGGCGGGUUCGCGGGACUUGGUUUCUUCCCCAAGGCUGCGGUCAAAAAUGCGGCCACAACCGAGGGAACGAACGGCACUGUCUCUACCGACGACGCAAAGGCGCCUGUCGCACAAAAGAGCAACGCGCAGUUCAGGGACAUGUUCCUGGCCAGCAAUGGAUCUGCGGAGGGCCAGAAAGACAAACAGCAAGGCAAAACGAACAAGGCUAGUGAGACGAGUGCGGCAACUAAUGGUGAUUGAGAAGGCUAUUGCCGAGAAGGAAUGUUAUCCGAUGCAUUGUAUCAAAAGCAGGACAAAGGUUGUACACAAGGAACUCUGUGGACGUCGAUGGUCUUUUUAACGGUUUUUUUUAUUUUUGUUUAUUGCUUAUGAGGGAGCGAUCUUAAUCGUUACCGAUGCUAUGACCCUCCAGGCCGAGUUUUUACUUAUACCCCGUUUUCACUCCGUCUCGGCUACAUUAUUUUUCUCCUGCUAUGGUGUCCCUUGUGGAGGGUUGAUAUCUGGCUGCGAGGGGAGGGCUAGUAGAGCCUAGUAACUAGUUUGACGGGGCAAGUCUGUAUUUGUAAGGCAAUGGAUGCGGGCGGACAUGGACUUACGGCCUUGGGUUGUUUGUGUUCGCCCAUCAUCGAUGACUGAUAUGAUAUGUCUCGAAUGGGACUGCGUUUGUGAGGAUGGUAUCAUUGCGUGAAACAAAAAAGAGCAAAUCCACCAGUCACAAUCCAUACCUAGCAAACACCUACUUGUUCACGUCAGUACAACCCUGCCAGCAACAACAGAAGCUUCCUUGACGCCCUCUUAUCCCUGGUUUCCAUGAAUUACUAUACCUUGACACCUGU